AUGUUGACUCCGUAUCUGAUCGGAAUGUGGAAAGCUGGUGACGUGUCAAGUGACGUUCAAUUCUGGUGGACAGAUGACGUGGCAGUGAUGCCAGAAAUUCGUUCAAUCAGGGAAGAAUGGCCAUUGUUUUUAAGGGGAUUUAUGACGUGGUAUUACAUGUUUAUAUUGAUCACUUGGUUUUUUAUUAUGGCACUCGAGAGAACAUGUGCCAGUCGAUUUAUUCUAGAUUACGAGCAAACUUCUCGUUAUCACAUAUUCUGGCUUCUAUUCGUCUCUCAACACAUCACAGUUUGGAUAAUGCUUUGGUUCGUAUUCCUGAAUCACAUUAACUUUUAUUUAUGCUUUCUAUUCACCGUAUCGGUCAAUGGCUCUGCUGUCCUGGUGCUGUAUCUGAACCGUCGUUACAAUAUGGCUCUAAUCAAAAAGUUCGAACGGAAUACCAAAAUGAGCAUCAAAAUCUACACACUUCCUGCUCGAUUUCAAGCAAAAGAGAAUGUGAAGGCGUUUGAUUUAAUGUUUCGAAUCGUGGUCGUUGGCUUCUUUCUCAUUUUUUCCGGUCUUUUAUGUCUCGUAUUCGUCAACUACAAAUGGCUUCCUUCUUGCGGAACUUUAUUUCUUUUUUGCUUCGAAAAUUUGGUUCACCUAAACCCACUCAUCGUGUGUCCAGUUCUGAUUCUAUCAGUUAGUCAGUGGAGCAACGCAAUAUCUCAUUCAAAGAUUCCAGUUCUUCGUUCAAUGAGUCUCCGACCGAAAACUCUUCCAGGUCCAAAUAUAAGUCAAGAACAGGAAACAGACUUAUAUUUUACACAAUUGAAUACUUCUUGGGAACGGGAAAUUAGUUAA